GCAAAGCGAUGUCGGCCAUCUUGGAGUGUAGCGGGGAAGAAAGAUUGAUGCGGUGACACACGGGUAUGUUUGGUGCUAACCGGAAGAAGUUCAUGGAGGGGGGAGUAGAGAGCGACUACACGGACGAGUCCAGCCUCUACUACAGCCAACAGUCCAUGUUCCCCCCCCACCGGACCGAGAAAGACAUGUUGGCGUCUUCCUCGGCAUCGUCACCGGGUCAGCUGUCACAGCUGGGGGCGAGUUUGUACGGUCCUCAAAGUGCGCUGGGCUUCCCCAUGCGCAGCAUCAACAGCAGCGCAGCGCCGCCAUUAAGUCGAACCGGCCUCAAUCAGUCGGCCAGCCAACUGUCCGGUCACUCCAGCACGGCCAACAGCAGCAUGCAUACGCCCCCCUCGCCCAGCAGGGGGAUUCUCCCCAUGAACAGCCGCAGCGUCCUCAACCACAAUCAGCAGGUAGGCGGACCCACGGGCCAGCCAAUCGGGAUGGGAGGGGAGCGUGGAGGCGGAGCUGGUGGGAGGAGCGCAAACAUGGGGAGUCCCAGCAGGUCGUCGCCCAGCAUCAUCGGGAUGCCCAAGCAGCAACAGUCGCGACAAGCCUUCACCAUCAACAGCAUGUCAGGUUUUGGCGUGAGCAGGAAUCCUGGCUACAACAUGAACAACUCUCUGGCCAGCAACAUCUUCAACGGCACAGACGGCAGCGAGAACGUCACCGGGUUGGACCUGUCCGACUUCCCAGCCCUAGCGGACCGCAGUCGAAGAGACGGAGGCUCCAAUCCUACGCCGCUGCUCAACCCGCUGGCCGGGCGGGCGCCGUACGUUGGCAUGGUAACAAAGCCGUCUAAUGAGCAGUCGCAGGACUUCUCGAUACACAACGAAGACUUCCCAGCGCUCCCUGGGCCGAACUACCAAACGAAAGACCCGAGCGUCACCAGCGAAGACAGCAAAGUGAGUCUCAGCUCAUCAGGUAAGCCAACCUCCAACUCAGACGGUCCUAAGUUUCCAGGGGAUAAAAGUUCUGUGACGCCAAGUAACAACAACCAGCAGAAGAAAGGCAUCCAGGUGCUUCCUGACGGCCGCGUGACCAACAUCCCGGUCGGCAUGGUAACGGACCAGUUUGGAAUGAUUGGCCUGCUGACGUUCAUCCGGGCGGCGGAGACGGACCCAGGAAUGGUGCACCUGGCGCUGGGUUCUGACCUCACGACACUGGGCCUCAACCUCAACUCCCCUGAGAAUCUAUAUCCCAAGUUCGCAUCUCCCUGGGCGUCAGCGCCAUGUCGACCGCAGGACAUCGACUUCCAUGUGCCGUCAGAGUAUUUGACCAACAUCCACAUUCGGGACAAGCUGGCCGCCAUCAAGCUGUCCCGAUACGGCGAGGAUCUUCUCUUUUACCUCUACUACAUGAACGGCGGAGACCUGCUGCAGCUGCUGGCGGCCGUGGAGCUCUUCAAUCGGGACUGGCGGUACCACAAAGAGGAGCGCGUGUGGAUCACCAGGGCGCCCGGGAUGGAGCCCACGUUGAAGACCAAUGCUUACGAGAGAGGGACGUACUACUUCUUUGACUGCCUCAACUGGAGGAAGGUCGCCAAGGAGUUUCAUCUGGAAUACGACAAACUAGAAGAGCGGCCUCACGUUCCCUCCACUUUUAACUACAACCCCGCCCAGCAGGCCUUCUGAUUGGCUGUGGCACAGCUGCCUGCCUGCCAUUGGUGAAUCGGACAGACUCCUCCCCCUUCUUCAUUUCCAUUUCUUUGACCUCAUUGUUUCCAUCGUCAGGUCAUUUCGCUAUUGAAAGAGGACAAAAGAUGUUGUCAGCUGACAGGGAGCCUCACUCUGUCAUGUUUACUUCUACCUGGCAACAACGGACGCUGACACUCAAGCUUCCUCCAAAAUGUCCCGACAUUCCUUUAGCUGGCUUUAGGGGGCGCCAAUACUCGUUUCCAAGGAAACCACCACAGACAGUCUCCAGGGACCCAGGUUGGCUACCAUGACAACAGCUGGCAGCAGCCACGCCAAGGACACGCCCACAGAGCCAUGUGACCUGGACUCAAUAUGGCAGCUAGUGUUUUCAUAGCAACAAAUAAAUAUUCUGUUAAUGAAA